CACCGCAUCGAGCUCUCAGCAGCUCGUUUCACCUAUUGGCCAAUACGUAACCCUACAGAUACCUGGCUCUCUCCCGGCACCACAACGACGGAACCGCACAGGAAGACGCAGAAAAAGGAAAGCGAGAUACCCGCCGCGAAAAUGAUGUCCUCCACGACCGACACGGACCCGUACCACCAAUUCCAGUCCGAAGUCCAAUCGCUCCUACAGCAGACCCGCACGUCAUUCACGAACUUCCUACGGCUACGCUCUCUGCCGUCGUCGCCCAACCGGGCGGACCUCGCCUCGGCGCGCCAGGAGCUCAGCGACCACCUCGCGACGCUCUCUGACGACCUUGCGGACCUGACCGCGGCCGUCAAGGCCGUCGAAAAGGACCCGUACCAGUACGGGCUCGAUGUGGCGGACGUUGCGGCGCGCCGGCGGUUCGUCGAGGAGGCGGCCGGCGAGGUCGAGGAUAUGAAGGAGGAGAUGGCCGGGCCCGUUCAUCCGCAGUAUGGAGGCUUCGUCGGCGACGAUGACGACGACGAUGAUCAUUACGCCGCAGACCCGCUCAGCGCUUAUGAACAGGAGCAGCAGGUGCAGAUCAUGCGCGAGCAGGACUUGCAGCUCGAUGGCGUCUACAGGACCGUGGGGAAUCUCAGGGAGCAGGCGCAUGUCAUGGGCCGCGAGCUGGAGGAACAGGCGGAGAUGAUUAGUGCCCUCGAUACGGAUGUGGACAGGGUUCAAGGAAAGCUGGGGAAGGGCCUGAAGGAUCUGAAUAAGUUUAUACGGAAGAAUGAAGAUACGGCAAGUAAUUGGUGUAUUGGCUUGCUGAUACUUGUUCUGUGCAUCCUACUGUUUCUUCUGAUCAUUGUAUAGCAAGCGGUUUUCGGUUUUUUUUUUGGUUUUCGCGCUCUAGAGUUCGCGAUGGAGUUUGGGUGUGCUUUUUACUUCUGGGCGUUGAGUACUCGUAGCCAUAUGUUGUAACCUGGGUGGCCCACAGCGGUCUACAUUAAUAUUAAAUGCCACAUAAAAGCCGUU